CAAUAAAAAAAACCACACCCAACUCUCAAAUCCCCUCCACACAAAUCAAAUUAGUUAAUAAUCCAACCACAACAUCGCACAGAAAAAAUCAGUAAAUCCUACUGACACACUCCUCUUGUCGACAUGACAUCAUUGCCCGUCCGAUUAUCUCUCCCGUGUCUAGAGUUUUACAAGCACGGCGACGAUCUUCACCGCAUUAGUCAUCAAGCGCGUGUGAGCUCACCUUAAGGCGAAAGUCACCAUGCCACGCCACGCCGUUCCGAUUCAAAACAAACUUUUGCAUACUGGUUUGGCUUCUUGCGCUAAAAGCGUAGAAAACUGGUUUGCUUUUAUCGUCUGUUCAACUAUUUUGCUUAAAAGCUAUUAUCGCCGAGUUGAAGGCUAGUGUCAAGGGCAUUUGGCACACGCGGUUGUCCGGAACUCGACGCGUUAAUUUAUUUUAAAUUGAUACACUUGUUUAGUCGUCGCUGCUGCCAACAACGGCGAGGAGGAUCAGACAUAAAUUAAGUUCAAACGGUUUUAUUGGAAGAUGUUACCCGAAAGUUGGCAGCGUAAACAAGUUGGAGUGUUUAUUUGCGCGCUGCUUUCUUUGGAGAUUUAAAACAGUAACAAGAGUGGGUGGUUUUCGUCUGAUGAACGCGUCUUCUUGAAGUCGGUCAAUAUCGAGCACGAUGGGAUCACGUGGCGUACUGGGAGUGGUAGGAUGUUUAAUGAAGUCCCAGUGAGGAUUUGGAACCAAGGGGACAUCCUACCAGUCCUUACAGUUACCUCAUAAGUAGUUUGUAGACUCAGGUAGUGAUAGGUCUUGUAUGCCUAUGAGAAAAGAGCCUCCACAGAAGUUGUAGAACUUUCAAGUAUGCCACAAAACUCAAAGGUCUUCCAUAUUGAGCGAGUUCAAAAUAUCCCUCAGUGCAAACAUAUUCCAACAAGUGCGUUGAUUGAGCGCACCAAAACACCAACUGCGGCAACUCGGCUUCAACGAAGCGGAAGUUUCGAUUACACGAUUAUAUGUUGCUUCAAUGUUGUUGUGUCGCUCCCCGUGAACCUUCCUCCAAACCGAAUCCAAACUGUGCCGCAAAACAUGACAUUCUGUCUGCGCGAUAUUUAUUUUUUUUGCGAGAGCGAUUAAAUUACCCUCUGUAACGCAUGCCGCACGGUGGGUCAAGUUACGGGGGAAAUUUGGUCAAAACUUGAAGGUUAUUUUUUUGUCGAUCAAUACUGAAGACAAGGGAGCUUAGUACUUGAAGUAAGUCAACGUAGUUUUGACCCCGAGAAUUCCACUGUCCCGGGCAAAAAAACUGUAAUUUGUACCACUGAAAGCAACAACCAAAAAAACGAGAGAUAAUUCGUCCUCCAAUUGCCGGCCAAUUUGUGUUCUGAAUGAAUCCGGCCCAGCGAGAACACCCAAAAGUGGAGUUCACACGCCUCACGGUCCAAAAACGGCGAAUGAUCAUGGAGUACCGCAGAUAGCAUCUUAGCGGUCGUGUGAGAAAGCGGGGAGGUCUCCUCCAAAUUUGGGGUCCGGUUGAUUCGCGUAAUUACGUACUGGUUAGUGGUGGAGUUGAUUGAGCGAUUAAAGUAAUGUUAUACCAAUCAAGAAAUGGUCUUUUUGGAGCAUUCGGGAUGGUCGAGUUAUUCGGAUGAAACUUCAAUUACGUAAAUCGAACCAAUUUCGAGAAGUUGUUUGACGGGAUCUUUGCUUUCACCACCCCGAGAGGAUCACUUUCUCCAGCUUACGUAAUUCUGAUAACGCGCGAAUAAAAGUCGUCUUCACGCGAUCUGUUGGAACAGUCCUGCUGCGAUCCCAGAAGAUGAUACUCCAGGUGGUGGUGAUCGCGAUCUUUGCUCGGAUACCACACGCUAUCAGCGAGAGCCUGUGCUCGGUGGCAUGCUUCCCGAAUCCGGCCGUGAAGAUCCGUGACGGAUGUGUCUGCGGAACGAUCAUGCCGGGACUGGACGGGGACGCUUUCGAGGCAUUCCUAGGGAUUCCGUACGCUAAGCCACCCGUGAAUGAGCUGAGAUUUGCGAACCCCGUCCGGAACGAUCCCUGGCGAGGGAUCUACAACGCAAGCUUUCCACGAGACAUGUGCAUCCAGAUGAAUGACUUCGCCCCGCGUCCGGUCGUGCAAGGUGUCGAGGAUUGUCUCUACUUGAACGUGUACAGACCCAAGACCCUUAGGAACCCCCUUCCGGUGAUGGUCUUCAUCCACGGAGGUGGAUACCUCGCCGGAUCAUCCCAUCCUGACCAAUUCGGCCCAGAACGCUUCAUGGAUACGCGCCAGGUCAUCCUGGUAACGUUCCAGUACCGCUUGGGAGCGUUCGGAUUCCUCUCGACCAACGACCUCGCCGCUCCCGGAAACUACGGCCUCAAAGAUCAAUCGCUGGCCCUCGGUUGGGUUCAGCGUAACAUCCGCGCGUUCGACGGAGCUCCGGACGAGGUAACACUGUUCGGGCAGAGCUCUGGUGGGAGUUCCGUUCAGCUGCACAUGAUGAGUCCGCUGAGUAAGGGAUUGUUCGGGCGUGCGAUCAGCAUGAGUGGAAGCGCGCUGGCCGGGUGGAACGAUCCUCCGGUGGAUCCGUUGAGCUUGGUAGAGCGCCAGGCGGAGGUCGCUGGAGUUGAAGAUGCGGACACUAUGGACUCGUGGGAGCUGGUGGAUGCUCUGCGAAAGGUCGAUGCGGUUAAGCUGACGGAGAGUAGAUCUCAGCUGAAGAGUUGGAAUAACUAUCCGAUCGUGCUGUACACGCCGGUUGUUGAGAAGGUCCACGAGGGAGCCUUCAUGAGUGAAGAUCCACGUGAACUUUGGAGGGACGGGUUGUACGAAUCCGUUCCCUGGAUGACCGGAUAUCUUCCGAACGACGGAGCUGUUAUAGCUUUGGGGCUGAUCUCGAAUCAUAACUUGGUAUCGGAGUUCAUCGAACAACAAAAAGUACUGCUUCCAAGUUUCGGACUCAACAGAAGCUACGACGAUCUAAUCUCAAGAUUCUUUGAUGACCUUCCAGUAGAUUCCGCCAACGCGGAUCGCAUGAUCAAACUCAUCAACGAAGGGAACUUCCUCUUCUCAAUGCCGGAAUCAAUCCUGCGGUACCAGAACAAGCCAAAUAGUCAUCCGGUUUCGCUGUACAACUUCAACUUCAAGAGUCACUACUCGUUCCAAAAUCUGUACACGGCAAUACCUACAACCAGGGAUUACGGAAUCGUGCACGGAUCGGAACUGUUGUACCUGUUCAGGAUUCCGGCAGCGUUUCCGGACUUCAAAAAGGACUCCCCCGAAGAGGCAAUGAGCAGGGAAUUUGUCCGACAGUUUGUUCACUUCGCGGUCAACGGGUAAGUUUCUACAACAUCUGAGUAUUGGAUCAUUUUCUCACUCUCCCGCAGGACGCUGCCCUCGGAUGACCUUAAACGAAAACCCAGCAAGUGCGGAGGCAAAUUAGAAAUCGUGGAGUUCACCAACUCCAACCGUCCAAACCAUCCCGUUAUGGUUAAUUCCCUAAACUGUCGCACCACCGAAUUCAACUACCUGCUCGAUGUACUAUCCUGGUGGUCUAAUAAAGCUCAAUAAAAGCCCCUCUCAACCUGUUGACCUUAUUCGUAAUACCUCCCCAUAACCAGCAUCUAACAACCCAUAAGCUGCGCAACGAGAUCCGUACUCGACCUUCCGCCAAGUGGUCCUCGCGAGUAUCAAUACCGCGAACCACACUCGAAGGCGGAUUGAAAUUCCCUGCGUCAGCAAGUUCGCACACAAGCCAGUAGCUUCUGCCAACAGUGCCAACCUUGCAAAUAACUGCACCGACCAAGUUCGAGCCCGGAGGGCGACACGCAAACUCAAUUUCAGUCAGAGAAAUGGAAAAGUUGGCGCGAAAGCUUCGUUCCUUGCCGUUUUAUGUGGGUUUGCUCACCCCUGCGGGGUUCGGGACUUUUA